GUUCCUACGUCAAUAAUUCUUCCAUACUCGUAAGAAGCUUUGAAUUAUUAAACCAAACCUGAGAGCAUUCUUCGGUCUCUGACUUCUUCUUCUUCUUCUUCUGGUCAUGGAAGCCAUAACUGAGAUUGCCGUCGUCACCGUCCCUGCGUAUAGCCAUCAAGCUUCCAUUCUUGAGUUCUGCAAGCGACUCGUUCUUCUCCAAAACCACGGCCAUCACUUCCAUGUCACGUGCUUCAUCCCAACUCUUGGAUCACCUCCUAGUGCCUCCAUAUCUCUUGUUCGGUCCCUUCCUUCUUCUUCCAUAACCUGUACUUUUCUUCCUCCUGUAAACCUCCAUGACCAACCUAAGGAUCUUCCCAUGGAAGUUCAGCUUCAUCUCGCCAUAACUCGGUCUAUGCCACUCGUUCACGAUGCCUUAAAGUCCCUAGUCGGACGCUCGAGCUCGGGCUUGGCCGCUAUGGUGGCUGAACCUUUAUCCAUCGAAGCAUUAGAGAUAGCCAAGGAGCUUAACAUCACUUCAUAUCUUUACUUCCCAUGUUCUGCUAUGUUACUUUCACUCUGCUUUUAUUCUGCGAAGCUGAAUCAGAAGGUUUCUUGUGGUGAUCAGUUCAGAGACUUACCAGAACCCAUUCAGAUUCCAGGUUGUGUUCCUGUUAGUGGGAAAGAUCUCCCAGACAAUCAUCAAGAUCGAUCAAGUUUGGCUUACGAGCAAUUUCUCCAACGUUGUCAAUUAUAUCAUCUUGCUCAAGGUAUACUAUUGAAUAGCUUCGAAGAAAUGGAAGCAGGAGCUAUAAGAGCCUGGCAGGAACACGAGAAACCAAGAAAUGGAGAAACUAGGAGAUACCCUUCUGUACAUGCAAUCGGACCCAUCAUUAGAACCGGGUCAAGUAUCCAAAUAAACGGGUCGGGUCAAGAACACUGGGACGAUUGUUUAAGAUGGUUAGACAAGCAGCCACCAAGUUCAGUUCUGUUUGUUUCUUUUGGAAGUGGUGGGAGACUAUCUCAAGCUCAAAUCAAUGAGCUAGCUUUAGGGUUAGAACUAAGUAACCAGAGAUUUCUAUGGGUCAACGUGAGAUCACCAAGCGACACAGCCAGUGCUAGCUAUCUACGUGAUAAUAAUAAUAAAAAUGAACAAGAAGACCCCCUUCAUUUCUUACCAUCCGGAUUCUUAGAGAGAACAAAAGAACGAGGUUUGGUCAUGGCUUGUUGGGCCCCACAAGUUGAAGUGCUAGGUCACAGUUCAACAGGAGCGUUUCUAAGUCACUGUGGUUGGAACUCAAUACUAGAGAGUAUUGUAGAGGGAGUGCCAAUUAUAGCUUGGCCACUCUUUGCAGAACAAAGAACUAAUGCAGCCAUGUUAGCUGAUGGACUAAAAGUGGCUACAAGGCCAAGAGUUAGUGACCAUGGUGAGAUAGUGGAAAAAGAGGAGAUUUGUAGGGUUAUAAGGUGUAUAAUGGAGGGUGAAGAAGAAGAAGGUAAAGAAAUUAGAAGAAGAAUGAAAGAGCUGAAAGGCAGCAGAUGCAGACGCGAACAGCGAGCUUCGAAUUGCUUGAGUCGUGCUCGGAAGGACACUGUCCUUAAGAACUAUUCCGGUACACCUGGACGGCGGAUUGGCAGUUCCUCAGGAUUAAACAAGCACUUCCUACGGCAGAGCAAGGGAACAGAAUAGCAGAGACUAAAAAUAAGAACAGACGAACAGAAGACAGAGGGAGGAGAGGACGAGAAUGCUGGCACACUGUUUUGUCCGCAUCCAUGUCUAUUUAUAGGCCGAAGAAGGAGACACAAACGUUGGGUUAUAAUUACCGGUUAAUACUUCGGUUAUACAUACAUUAAACAACGAACGUUCAUGGAUUAAUGCUUCAGUUACACACGCCUUAAACAGCAAAAACGUGCACGUCCAUUAAUCCGAAAACGUUCAGCGUUUAUCAAUCCGGAGAUGUUUGGCAGACAAAACAUUAACGCACAGAAUUCAGUUUCCAGAAGAGGUUUAAUGUCCAAAAACUGCUAAAGCCUCAAGUUCAAAUUCAAAACAGCAAAAUCAGAGGUUUUUCAGGUAAGCUAAAAUAAUUAUUUAUUUAAUCAGAAAGUUUGAAAAAUAACCCGGCAAGAGGAACCCAGUGCCUCUUGAACUCGCGCACAGGGGGGCGAAUCGGUUGAUUUCAACUAUGAUUGCCCUGAGUUGGCCUGUCUCAUGUGCGCGAGGCCACUUCUCUUCCAAACUCAUUUUACUAGCCCACUUCAUUUCUUAAUAUAUAUACACUAGGAGAUUUCUUCUUUUAGUCAAUGUGAGACUUUUGACACACAUACAACACAAUUAAAUCAGACAGUUUUUAUUGUGUCACAAGAGACACUCAUUGAGUGAGUGAAUUUAAAUCACUCACCAAAUCCAAACAUAUAAGUACUCCUAACACAUAUCUCUUUUAAAAGUUUGAGAUCAGGUAUGUUUGAUAAGUAUCAUAUGACAAAAUAUCUUGCAGAUGUUUGAUUAAAUUGAAGGUUACUGUGCCACAUGAGAUACUCAUUGAAUUAGUAGAUUUAUAUCACUCAUCCGUACAAAUCUCAUAUAAAUAUGAUGUGCCUUUUUGGAUAAGCUCUAAUAAUUAAUUAUACCAAGGACAAAACCAUUGUUUUGACACAAAAAA